AAGUUCUCUUACCCGCCCCUCACGAUCGCACGCCCCGGAGUUUCUGCAGACGAUCGGCGCAGCCAAGCCGCCUCUGGACCGAAUCUCUGCCGCCCACCUUGCCCUGACUCCAACAUGACUGCGGGAGAGGAGAAGACCGAGCAGCAGAUCCCCAUCGAGGGUGAGGAUAUCACCCCCAAGAAAGAUGGAGGAGUUCUGAAGCUAGUGAAAAGGGAGGGCACAGUGGAUGAUAUCCCAAUGACAGGAGAUAAGGUAUCUGUCCACUAUACAGGUAUACUCUUGGAUGGAACUAAGUUUGAUUCCAGUAGAGACCGGGAUGACUAUUUCACAUUUGAUCUUGGAAAAGGUGAAGUUAUUAAAGCAUGGGAUAUUGCUGUGGCCACCAUGAAGGCUGGUGAAGUUUGUCAAAUCAUCUGCAAACCAGAAUAUGCCUAUGGCUCUGCAGGCAGCCCGCCAAAAAUUCAACCAAAUGCCACUCUUGUAUUUGAGAUUGAACUUUUUGAAAUCAAAGCAGAAGAUUUGACAGAGGAUGAAGAUGGCGGAAUCACUCGGCGAAUCAGAAAGAAGGGAGAAAGUUAUUCUAAACCAAAUGAAGGAGCCUCAGUUGAGGUCCAUUUGGAAGGCAAAUAUCAGGGUACUGUCUUUGACAGUCGUGAUAUAUCAUUUAUUAUUGGAGAAGGUGAAGAAGUUGAUAUUCCUGUAGGGAUUGAGAAGGCAUUGCAGGAAAUGGAAAAAGGAGAAGAAGCAAUUAUAUUAUUAAAGCCAAAGUAUGGAUUUGGAGAAGAAGGGAAACCAAAAUUUCACAUUCCAUCAAAUGCAAACUUAGUAUAUGAAGUUGUGUUGAAGAACUUUGAAAAGGCAAAGGAAUCUUGGGAAAUGAACAUAGAUGAGAAGCUGGAACAGUCUGCCAUUGUCAAGGAAAAGGGAACUGCACAUUUCAAGUGUGGCAAGUACAACCAGGCUACCAUACAGUACAAGAAAAUUGUAUCUUGGUUGGAACAUGAAAGUGGACUGUCUGAGGAAUUAUUACAGCAAUCCAACGCACUGAGGCUAGCAGCACAUCUUAACCUUGCUAUGUGCUACAUCAAAAUGGAUGAGAAUUUACAAGCUGUAGAGAAUUGUGAAAAGGCAUUAGAGCUAGAUGCAAACAAUGAAAAGGCUCUUUUUAGAAUGGGCGAGGCAAGACUUGCUCUGAAUGAUUACGAACUGGCAAAAGCAAACUUCCAGAAGAUUGUGCAGCUGUACCCCAACAAAGCAGCCAAAAUGCAAAUUGGAAUCUGUCAGAAGAAAAUAAAAGAACAGUUGGAUCGAGAGAAAAAGAUCUAUGCUAAAAUGUUUCCAAAAUUUACAAGUACUGAUACUAAGCAGGAAGUUCCCAAAACAAAAUCUGAAAAGGAUACUGCAGUGGAGGAGGAGAAUAAGGAGAACCUAGAUGAAGGAGGCAAAGGAGAACCCAUGGAAACAGACACCAACCACAAGUCCCAAGAAUUGGAUGCUUCGGCAUGAGUAUGAUGUGGAGUUUGAAGCUGCAUUACUUUGAUUGUUUUAAGGCUUGAAAUAGUACAGUAUCCUGUGUGUAUAAUAUUUGCACCAGUAAAGAAUUUAACUUACCUGAGUCACACAAGGUAUUUAAAAACAAAAUGACAGCACGUGCUGGCAUUGAAUAAGAUUAGAUUGGCUCAGUCAUCUUUUCAAUGGCCUAACUUUGGCGCACUGCUAUAUCAUAGACGCUGAAUGAGAAAAGUCUACUCAGGAGCAUUUAAGAAAUGGAAAUAGAAUAAGUAAUUGGUAACUGUGUGUAAACUGUUCUAACUUGAAAAUAAAUUGAUUCUUUAUUGCAAGAUAUUCUGCAUUCACCCAAUGAUGGUGUUAUUACAACUUUUUUCAUGUCCUGUCUACUGCAGUAAGUUUAUUCUGCUUAUACAGUGAACCCCAAAAAAAUAACAUUUGUAACACGUUCUUGCAACUUGGGUAAUGUUUUCGGUGUUGUUAUUGUUGUGUUACUGAGGUGCACUUGAUUAUUUUAAGGUGACAGAUCUUGUUUUCCUGUCUGUAACUUGUACAUUUUCUAUCAUCGGGUAAUGCAGCUUUUUUUAUAUAGUUACUGUAUUCCACAGAAUGAUUAUUUUAAGGUGACAGAUCUUGUUUUCCUGUCUGUAACUUGUACAUUUUCUAUCAUCGGGUAAUGCAGCUUUUUUUAUAUAGUUACUGUAUUCCACAGAAUGACACCAUUUAUUGUUAAAUAUUGAUAGUUAUUCAUUGUUCCUCUUAAAAGUAAGUUGUGGGGGAGAAGGCCAUCAUUUAUUACAAUGAAACUCUCAUUCAGUCCAGCUGGUCUAUGUUCUGUUUUGCACAACCCAAGCCUUUUACUUCUGAAUUUUAUCUCAUCUUAUUAGUCUCUCUUCCUGUCCAUUUCUUUCUUAUAGAUCUACUUGGUAAAAUGCAGUCACAACCUACAUGGUGACAGACUCAGUGUUUUGUUCAACGUUAAUAAAAAGGUUUUUCUUCAAUUUCUUAGCUUAUUCCUGGGUAUCUUCUGUAUUCUAGAUUUUCUCCAUGUAAACCCAUCUUGAAAAGUCAUAAUUUUAAAGACUUUAUUAGGAUACCCCUCGACUUACUGAUUAAGAACAAAAUUAUCAGUCUAUAUCUUUCCUUUAAUUCCAAAGUCCUUUAAUUCUGGUGUCAUUUACACAUCUUUGCAGUACUUCUAUAUCAGUAUCCUUUUUGUGGAAGAAUAGUGCAUGUCUUCUCUACUCAAAUGUUAAUAUUUAAUGAGGAAAAAGAUCUACCACGUGUUUCAGAAUGAUCCAAAAGAAUUCCCUUUGGUAGUUUUUCAUUUAAACAUCAGUACAUCUGAAAUCUGAACAUCCUUCACAUCAUUGAUUGCUGAGUGCCCUCACAAUUGACUAAACACUUCCUUAAUAGGCUUCAACUAUGGGGUUCUUCAGAUUACAUCUUGAGUGUCACUGAGUCAAAAUCUAAAUGAUUUCUGAUUUUUAUGAUAGAUCCUGAUUUGUGUUUUUGUCUUCUUUUGGUUCUUGUGAGUUAACAUUGUAAACUGUUGUCCUACAUUUUAAGAUGCACUAUCUCCAUGACAGCCUCAAGAUUUUCAUUGCUGUACAUAGUCUUAUUCUGUUAAGGAAAUAGGGGAUUAAAUGUGUGAUAAAUUGA